UUUAAAGCGAAGGGAGGGCAUUCGGUAACGAUCGGUUUUUAAAAAGGAAAAGAGAGAAAAGAAUUACAGAAAAUGAAGAAAGUCAAGGCGCAUUUGCAUUUUGAAAAAACCGACAAAUGGAUUGGUAUAUCUUAAACAACAAUUACGUAGCACCCCUACUCAAAAAUAGGGUUUACGACUUGACCAGUCUUCGCGAACAAUCUAAUCUCGCUUGAAUCCAGUUUUCUGUCCUUCACCUAUUUUACGUAUAUAGGCGGGCAUACAGACGAUACAGACAGUAUUUUUGAAAGUUUUAUUUUUUCAGAGGGUGGAGAAGAAGCGGUCUUAACACCUUAAAUCAAGAUUUAACAGCUAAUUUGCAGGGUUUCUGCAAUGGGUGACGCACUUGAUCUUUCUCCCACGGACACGCCUGAGUCGCCUGGUUCUCCCUACUCCAUGUCGCCCUCCGACUCUCCCAGGCGCAAUGGCUUAAUCUACGAGCCUUCAGAAGACGGGAACAAAUCAUCGUCUUGUAUUAGGUUUCUCGUAUCAAAUGCAGCAGCAGGAUCGGUAAUUGGAAAGGGUGGUGCAACUGUAAGUGAUUUCCAGACACAGUCAGGAGCUAGGAUCCAGCUGUCACGUACUCAUGAAUAUUUCCCUGGUACAACAGAUAGGAUAGUGUCAGUAACUGGAACAAUCAAUGAAGUGCUUGUUGCAGCCAAUCUUAUUCUUGCAAAACUAUUGAAUGAGGCUGAGGAUACCAAUGAUGCAGAUGAGAAGACAGGUCAAGUUAGACUUAUUCUUCCUAAUUCUGUAUGUGGCGGCAUAAUUGGCAAGGGGGGAGCUACAAUUAAAGCCUUUGUUGAAGAUUCACAAGCCAGCAUUAAGCUAUCUUCUCAGGAGCAAGCCUUGCCUGGAAUUAAUGAUCGAGUUGUGACUGUAAGUGGCACCCUGGAGCAACAAUUACGUGCAAUUUUCCUUAUAAUUACGAAGUUGGCUGAAGAUCCAAAUUAUGCACAAUAUGCAAAUGCUCCACUCUCAUAUGCAGGUAUAAACAUGUCUGGAAUGCAAGGGAUCCCUAGUGGUUAUGCCCCAAUUGCGUAUGGGGUGGCAAAUUAUGGUCCUACUGUUUUUGGAGGCCAUUUGCGGAACAAUAAGGGGUUGAUGGCACCACUGGUUCCUUUGAGAUCCCCUAUGCCUGUUAGGUUACCUGUAUUACCGACUACUAAUAGCACACACACAUUAGUCAAAAUGCAAGUUCCUGAUGAGCGUGUUGGUGCAAUAGUUGGGCGUGGUGGAAAAACUAUUCUUGAGAUCCAACAGAUCAGCGGUGCCAAAAUAAAAAUAUCAGAUCGUGGAGAUUUUGUGUCAGGUACAACUGAUAGGGAAGUGUUAAUAUCGGGUACAGUGGACGCAAUCCAAAUUGCUCAGCGUAUGGUGGAACAGAGACUUAAGUCUGAUUUUGAGAGAUGAAAAAUUGGAGCUGUCUUUAAAGGCACGUGCCCUGUCUGGGUUUGAGGGAAGACAUUUCCAGUUCUUCAAAUAUUUAAGAGUUUUUCAAGAUUUGAUCUUCAUUUGAACCGUUAGCUUGAACUAUAGUAACAUCGAUAUGCAAAGCAGAGAUGCGGGUCAUAAAAAUGGCAGGAGAAAGAGGAGAGGGAGCUUAUUAUCAGUAAACUUAAUAUUUUAUCUGAUUACUUGUCAUUGUUUUUAUCUAUGUAGUCAUGAUAAUUUUAUUUUACUCGGAGACUGAAAAAAAUGGUUUUGUAGUUGAAUGCUGUCCAUUCUCAAAGCUCCCCCAAAUUAUUAUUUUUUUAUUUGUUUUUUUUGGAUGGGAUGGGAGGUUUCGUUCUGUGGGGAGAGGGGGAGUGAGGGAGGUCUCAUAUUUGACACUUGGAUUGGUUCCAAUGAGAUUCUUGAAGAUCAAAACUGUGUUCUUAAAUGGGAUUUGUACCUGGGAACCUGAAAAUAGGCUUAGUAACAAGUUGUCAUAGAUGGGCCAAAUGUCAGCUUUUUUCAUGUUGUAUAAGGUAAAACAUACAAGAUACUACAAUGUGAUCUAUGUUAAAUCCUUAUAAUGAAACCCAUAAACCCCAAAUUAAGAGCCAAAGUAGGAUAUCUUUAAUAUUAAACAUCCAGCUGCUAAGUGUUGAUGUUAUUUGGUUUGCAAAGCACAGAAUUUGUAAAAGAACUAUUAAAGCUAUAUUUUUAUCAUAAUGCUGACAGGAAAAAGAGUCACAAUAUUGAUCAUCAAAA